AUGUCGUGGGAUCUGCUGCAGCGAUUCAUCGAAUCCGACGUCUUCAACGCGAAUCCCUUCCUCUCAGUCUCCUACCUCUCCCGGUAUGCCGACCAUGUAGGCAUUCACUAUGUGCUGUGCACGAAGCUGCGACAGUUUCCCUACGAGGAUAUCGAAUUCUUCCUGCCGCAGCUGUGCCACCUCAUUAUCAGCGUCGACAAUGAGUCAAUGGCGCUGGAGGAGUUUCUGCUGGACCUAUGCGAAGAGUCUGUGACUGCCGCAUUGUUGACGUUUUGGCUCUUCCAGACAUAUCUACACGACUUGUCCUCCAACCCGCAAUCGAAUGCCUUUCAGACAUGUCGUCGAGUCUAUAACAAGGUACAACACAUCGUGUUUGGCGUCGCAGACACCGUGCGGCACCACAAGAUCAAAGAAAAUGUCUUGCCCGUGACCGUCCUGUCCAGUUUUGUUCUUGCGAGCGUCGCUCUGCCAAUGUUUCCGAGAUGGGCUGGACCCCUCGCUGUCGCACAAGCUCGAAAGCCCCAGCCCAUCACCGACGAUAAUUCAGAUGGAAGCGAAACGCCCAAGCCAACGGCGAAAACACCCACAAGGGCGAAUACUGUAGCCGCGCCAGGCUCGAAAUCUCGGCGGACCAAAGACUCGAGGAAUCCAAACGCAUCCGACGACCGCUUGGCAAUCGACACCCGCCUCUCUCGCCGAAAUAACACCCAUUCGCCAUUGAAUCCCAACUUUACAGCAAAAGAGUCGAAAAGGCCGUCUGCUCUGGAAUUGAAGUCUUUGGAGGCGAGACUUAGUACCGCAUCCCUACCUCUCCCGUCCCCGAGGGGUCCAUCCCGACCAGCUACUCCUGUGUCUGCUAGACCCGCGGAUGGUGUCCAUCGAAGACAUUCCCAUCACUUCAAAUCACCCACGGGCACGAGCAAUCUGUCACCAGCCCAGAAGGCACGGCUCCUAAGGCAACACUAUUUCAGGUCGCAAACCCAAUUCCUAUCGGCACUCGAAGUCAUCUCCAACCGACUGGUUGCUGUACCGAAACCUGCCCGUAUGAGUGCCCUGCGAGCCGAGUUGGCGCUGAUUGGGAGAGAUCUGCCCGCCGAGAUCGAUAUCCCCAUCAUCUGCCCGCCGACCCUGAUUGACGGGGCACCUGGAAAGAGUCGCCACCAUCGAAUUGUGCGACUUAAUCCUGCCGAGGCCACGGUGUUGAACAGCGCUGAAAAGGUCCCAUACUUGUUAAUGAUUGAAGUGCUAAGAGAAGACUUUUCGUUUGAUCCCGAAACUCCAGAUAAUCAAAGGCUAUUGACCGGGUUACUUAGUGGCGAUGGGCCUUCAAAAAGGCUGUUUGACCUCUCCUCAGAGACCCCUAGAGUUGCUCAGGUCAUUCACACUCCGGAACCAGUCAUAGACAGCGUAUUCGAACCGAUUUCAGGCGAUUUGGGAAGCUCGCCACUUUUGAAGCCGUAUGACGACGUGCCGUCGCCAGUCACCUACCACCCGAAGCACUCUUCCGAUCAGCGAUUCUCCAGCGGAGCCACAACUGCGAGUACCACAUUGGAUGCAAUGACACCGCGCACGUCGGACGGCCCUUUCUCAUCUAGAUCUCCUAGUCCUGGGUCUCGACGGAGAAUGACGCUCAAUAUGGCUCGCGCCGACCAGCCAGAUUUCUCAGCGCUGGCCACGCAUAUGAGAACGGCAUCUCAGAUGCUUGCUCAGCUUGAGGCGACGAGUGGCAAGCGACCAAAGCAUGAGGUAGCAGCUAUCAGAGCCAAAAUUAUUGCGAGCAUGCAAAGCCUCGAGGAGCAAAGCUUUGAUGCAGACGAUCACGGUCCUACGUUUGACACCAUCAUCGCCAAAGCCAGCACUGCCAGUACCGUACAGGGCAUAAACCCUGAUCUAGAUGAGGAAGAAGCGCCAAUCGACCCCAACAUCAACGCCAGCGCAGGCAGGGAAAGGAUGGAAAACGAUAUCAAGACAGGAGGCGUGCAACGCCGUGGCGAUCGCGACGACCCUAGUGCGGCUGUCUUUGGAGAAGCCUGGGAGGCCAAGAAGGAACGAAUUCGAAAAUCCUCUCCCUACGGAUGGAUGAAGAACUGGGAUCUCAUGAGUGUCAUCGUGAAAACGGGCGCCGAUUUGCGACAGGAGGCUUUCGCUUGCCAGCUCAUCAGCGUCUGCCACAAGAUUUGGGUGGACGCAAAGGUGGACGUCUGGGUGAAGCUGAUGCGCAUUCUCGUAACUGGAGAGUCAUCUGGACUCAUCGAAACAAUAGCAAAUGGCGUAUCCCUCCACUCACUCAAGCGGAGUCUCACGCUUGCGUCGAUCGAGGCUGGAAACAACCCCCGUCACCGAAUAGCCACGCUCAAAGACCACUUUAUCAAAGCAUUUGGCCCGCCUGAUAGCAAGCCUCACAGAGCUGGACUAGAAGCCUUCAAGCGCUCAUUAGCGGCAUACAGCAUCAUUUCUUACGUGCUGCAGCUGAAGGACAGACAUAACGGAAACGUCUUGAUAGACAGCGAAGGACACAUCAUCCACAUCGACUUUGGAUUCAUGCUUUCCAACUCCCCCGGGUCAGUCGGCUUCGAGGCUGCGCCCUUCAAGCUCACAAACGAAUAUGUGGACGUCCUCGGAGGAGUUGGUUCAGAGGACUGGGAGGAUUAUAAGAAGUUGUGUAAACAAGCUUUUCAAGCUCUGCGACGGUCGGCAGAUUCCAUCAUUGACUUGGUAGCCAUCAUGGGCAGGGAUUCGAAAAUGCCGUGCUUUGCUGUGGGCGUGACUCAUGCGACAACGUCCCUCCGGCAGCGCUUCCAGCUGCAUCUGAGUGCCGACGAAGCAGAGAAUUUCGUGGAGACGGACUUGAUUGCGAAGUCGGUUGGCAGUUAUUAUACACGACUGUGA